AUGGCCCCAAAAGGUCGUAAAAAACGCAAUAGUAAAGACUCGACAUCCAGUAAUGGCGGCAGUGGUGAAGGCGAUGACAAGAAAAAGAAAGAAGGUGGCAGUAAGAAGAAAAGCUCUGGAGGAAAAUCAUUAGGAUGUGAUAUAUUUAAUGAUGCGGCCAUGGAUAAUGCCUAUUAUGUCUGUCAUAAUGUGCAGGAUGUUUUAAAAACUCGCGGUUUCGCUUGGCCAGAUGGUCAAAAGAAAAAGAAGAAAGGUAAAAGAUAA